CACCAGAGCUUGUUAGAACUGGCAAGGCAACUACUAGCACAGAUGUCUUUGCUUUCGGAGCCUUUAUGCUGGAAGUGGCUUGCGGAAAAAGGCCUCUAAAGGUACAGGGAUUGACUGAUGAUAUGGUUCUGGUUCAAUGGGUUAUGGAGAAAUGGAAAGGAGAAGCAAUCCUUGAGGCAAGUGAUCCGAGAUUGGGAGGUGACUUUGUGGUGGAGGAAAUGGAGUUGGUUUUGAAGUUGGGUCUGCUUUGCUCGCACUAUAAUCCGAUGACUAGGCCUAGCAUGAGGCAAGUGAUGAGGCAUUUGGAUGGGGAUGCUAUGCUGCCCGAAGUAUUUAUGGAUAUUGCAAGAGUUGGCAUGGCUACAUUAUUUGGGAAUGAAGUUUCAAAUGAAUUUGUAAUGACAUUCCCUUCAUCGUCCUCGAGGAGUGUUUCUGCUAUUGCCAUGUCUGGCUGUGAUUCACUGCUUGACGUGGGAAGUGGAGUGAAAUACGUUUGAUGGCUAAAAUACUUUGGAUCAGAGGAUGGAUUGUAAUAUGAUAAAUAAUUCCAUAUAUUUCGGUAUCAACCCCUAAUGUUUUGUGGUUGCUUUUGUUGAAACAUUCUAGCUAGUUUAAAAUUAUGUUAAUUUGGAAUUGUUUCCAUAUUAUUCUUCUAAUGCUAUGACAUUGAUCCUUGAAGGGGUUUUCAAUUUUCCCCUUAAUUGUAUUUGAG